CGGAAGGGCUCGGCUUCACUAGGCGUUGAGAGGACGGAGCCCUGUGCCUGGUUCACGUUCGGGACCUUUCGGACAAACUCGGCUUGUUCCGUCUCAGGGUAGACGCUGGCAGGCGGCUGAGGGGCUCGGAGCCCGGCGGUGCGUGGCGUGGCGGGGCGUGCGGUGGUUUGCCCGGGCAUGGCGUCCCCGUCGCGGAGGUUGCAGACCAAGCCGGUCAUCACUUGCCUCAAGAGCGUCCUCAUCAUCUACAGCUUCAUUUUCUGGUUUUCAGGCAUUAUCCUCUUGGCGGUUGGCAUAUGGGGAAAAGUGAGCCUGGAGGUGUAUUUCUCCCUGUUAAAUGAGAAGGCUACCAACGUCCCCUACAUCCUGAUCGGCACAAGUGGCGUCGUCAUCCUCCUGGGCACCUUUGGUUGCUUUGCAACCUGCCGGGGAAGCACAUGGAUGCUAAAAUUGUAUGCCAUGCUCUUAACCCUCAUCUUCCUAGUUGUGCUGGUGUCUGCCAUUGUGGGCUUUGUUUUCAGACAUGAGAUUAAGAGCAGCUUUAGGAGUAACUAUGAAAGUGCUGUGCGCAAUUACAAGCUCGGAGAUGAAAAGAGCCAAGCAGUCGAUACCAUCCAGAAAACAUUACACUGCUGUGGCGUUGCCAACUUCUCAGAUUGGGAGACGACUGAGUACUACAAAGAGAAAGGAAUACCCAUGAGCUGUUGCAAAGUUGGGCAGAACUGUACAGGGGGAGAUAUGAAGGAUCGAGACAAAGCCAGUCAGAAAGUGUACCAUGAAGGUUGCUUCAACAUGGUGACACAGACAAUGGAGUCCAAACUGAGCGUUGUAGCUGGGAUCUCCUUUGGCGUCGCUUGCUUCCAGCUGGUUGGAAUCUUCCUUGCCUGUUGCCUCGCCCGGUCCAUCACAAAUAAUCAAUAUGAGAUGGUAUAACUCACAAGGUUGCAACUCGCUGCAAGAAUUUUGGGACACUUUAGAAACCAAACAAAAAACAACACUUUGGGGAACCACUUCAUUGUUUCCAACCUGCUGACAUCCUGUUUGAUUAGGCCCAUCUCUUCUGAAGCUGUCUGUUCUUCAGGGGACUGAAUUCCACAAUGGACUUAUUCUACUUCGGGGAUGUUGUCAUGGUGGUAUUUUGAAGGAAUGCCGCAUAGGACACUUAGCUUAGAGGAGAUUGUGAUUACGUCUUUCAAGAAGGGACAGUGGUUUACUGCAUGGCUCCAGGCAUACUGUGAACUGAGGAAUGGGUUUUCUGAGGCCAGUCUUUACAACAGAAGAGAUUUCUAUUCAGGCUGUCGAGAAAUGAAAGGAUUUUGUCUUGGUUUUAGUCACUUGAUCGAUUAGCCCUUUAAUCUGGUUUCACGGAAGCCGUACAUUACUAAAAUCUUGCUAUAGGUUGUCAUGUUGUGACAAGGAAGUAGAAGAGCACUUAUAAACACAAGAUGCCACUCCUUGCAGUAAACCAGUAUCCUUGCUGUUUGACAUUUGGAUGCCGUUGUGCAACUACGACCUUUCUGUUCUCAACUAUUUUUCUUCACUAACAGUAAUGAACACUAAAUGUGUGCUAAACCGCUUCUGGCUCUGUUUUUUCCUGAGGCGGGAGCAGUUGAGUACCUUGCUCUUGUUUGCCACCAGGGGCUGAUGGGAGUUGAGUCCUUCUCAGAGCACCUGAAUUAGCCCUUCUUACUGCAGUGAUCCUUAUCAGAGUGCCUGUGCUCUUGUAUGCAUAUGGGUCGCAGCCCAAAUAAGGUCAGUUAGGAUUAAUUUCUUGAGGUCUUCUGUCAGUUGCUUGUUUGGGAAGAAAACGUGCUGGCGUGUUUCGUUCUCCUAGGAGGGUGGCAGUCCUCAUUAAUUUGCUGCUCCCUCCCCUCCUGGAAUGGCAUCAUGCUCCCUUGUCUUCUCAGCAUACAGCUAAAUGUGUUCGUCAGCAGAGCAAACUGACAACGUGAGAAAAAGGGAAUUUUUUCCUUUUUGUGCCUGUUGAAAUGAGCUCCAGGCUUCUCGGCCUUUUGGCUGAACCUUGGCUCUGUUUCUUUCAUUCUUCCCCUGACGGAAGUUUUUAUAUUUCCUUUUUUUAAAGAAACAAACAACCCUUAUUUUGAUAAAGCCUUGAGUGUUUUCUAAUCGAGUUGUAGUGAUCUUUUUGUGUUUACUGUGAGGCUCUGUGGGGAGCUGUUAGCCUUAGCGAUCACUGCCCUGCUGGGUUGGUGUGAUUCUGACCGUCAGUAUUAUGGGAUGCUUUAAGCACAUGGCAGUGUUUUGUAUUAAAUAGAAAUCCUCUUGUCUUGAAAACAGAAUAAACAAUUAUGCGCUUUU